CAGGGAGCAACUUCACCAGCCUUCAUCGUGUGGCGUUUCUGUAGAUUUCUGUCUGCAACAAUCUGCAUCGAAUAAAUCUGACUUCUGAGCGGAACACCAAAGAAUCUGCGAGUAACGGACCGACUUGUUCACGAUGGCAAAGCAAAGCAAGAGGACCCGCAAAUUCAAUUCGAGCGGCGGAGUCAAAGGUCGUUUGCAGAAAGGCACGAUCACGAACAAGGGGUCUCUGAAACGGAAGGGCAAAAAGAAUGGGUCCAACAAAUCCGAAGACAAGGCCAAUGCAAAGAGGGCGCGCAUGGACAAUGCAUCUGCGCAAUACAAGGCGGAAAUAGAGCAGAAAAGGGAGGAAGCCGACUUUGUGUCGAAAAAGAAUCUCGGCGAAUUGGACAUGGAUAGCUUUUUCCAGACAUUCGACGAUGACGACACGGAUGAUGUGGACAAUGUUGAAGAAAAAAUGAUGGACGACGAGGACGACGACAGUGACGAUGUAGAUAGUAUGGAGGAAAACGACGGCACCAAGUCACAGGGAAGUGACAGUGAAGACGAAGAUCUGGAAGCAGCAGAACGUCUCAUGAAAGAAGAAAUGGCAAAGCUUCAAAAUAAGGAUCCCGAAUUUCACCAAUUCCUGCAGGAGAAUGAAGAUUCUCUUUUGGAUUACGGGAAUGAUGAUGCUCCGGACGAUGAUUCUGACGACGACGAUGUCGCAGAGGAGGAGUCAGAAGAACUCGAGGAAAGAAAAAAAACUAAAGAUGCCGACCCAAACGACUCGUCCAUUCGAUUGACUCCUGCACUUCUUGCAAAAUACGAAAGAGGAGCAUUCAAGUCCCACGGCGUAAAGGCAUUGAGGAAGAUUGUAAAUGCUUACAAGUCCGCAUGCCAUAUGAUGGACGAAGAGAAACAGAAAGAUGGAAGGGGAGGACAGCAUUACAGUUUCGGCUCAUCUGAUGUUUUUGAUCGUUUGAUGGUUGUAUCAUUGACAAAAUGCAAGGAUGAAUUCCAUUAUCACCUGCUAGGGGAAGGAUCGAAUGCAGGAGAGAAAAAAGAGGAUUCCAAAAGGGCAAAGAAAACACGAGACGACGAUGAUAGUGACAGUGAAAAUGAGGAUGAGGACGACGAGGAUAUUUUCGAUCCAGAAAAACCUAUCAACCCGAAGAUUUUGGAACGUGGUAAACGUUGGAAUGAUUUGAACCCAAUUCUAUACACAUUUUUCAAAGCAACCGCGCACAUUCUGACAGAGGCCAAAGAAUCUCAACUUGUUGUUUUUGUCCUAAAGGCGCUGUUUGAGUACAUUCCAUACAUGACUCCUUAUCCGCGUCUGGCGGAAACCAUGCUGAAAACGCUAACUUCACUCUGGAGUGCACCCAUCGAUUCAUCGGAAGAUUAUCAAGUCGUUCGACUCCAUGCUUUUCUUCGAAUAAGGCAACUGGCGAUGACCCAGCCUUUUCCAUUUAUUGAAGAAUGCCUCAAGAAACUUUAUUUGGCGUACGCUCAACGUGCCAAAUUUGCUACAGCAUCCUCGGUGACUUCGGCACUUCCUACUCUGACCUUUAUGGGAAACUGCGUCGUAGAGCUCUACAGUCUCGAUUAUCACUCAUCGUACCAACAUGCCUUCAUAUAUAUACGCCAAUUGGCCUUGCAUUUGCGGACUGCAAUGCAGAAAAAGACUCCCGAAGCAAUGGGGGCUAUAUACUGCUGGCAAUUUUUGCAUUGUUUGAAGUUAUGGGUGGCAGUCCUCACAGAAGCAUGCCAAUCGGACGACGAUUCUGACGUUUUGGGCAGCAACGAGGACCAACUUCUUCGAUCUUUGAUUUUCCCUCUGACUCAAGUGAUUUUGGGCACUGCAAGACUUAUCCCAUCCACGCGAUAUCUUCCUCUUCGUCUCCAUUGCGUCCGUCUCUUGCAACAGUUGGCAGCCGCCGCUGAAAUCUUCAUUCCCACAACAUCCAUCUUGUUGGAUGUUUUUGAUUUGCAUGAACUAUCCCAGCCACCGAAAAAGGUUCACAAAAGCAACAUCCAACCAAUGGCUCUUACGCUCAGGCUUCGAGCUGACAAUCCACUACGAAGCAUGGAAGAGUUAGAAAUGUGCCUUUCCGAAGUCUUUGUCCUAUUGAAUCGCGAAGUCGACCUUUACCGGUAUUCCGCGGGAUUUCCCGAAUUUUCCGUCCGGAUCUGUCAGAGACUCAGAAAGGUAAGUUUGUCCAUCAUGUUGUUAUUUUUGUUUUAUGUCAGUAUCACUCCGUUUAAAAGACAUCUUCCAUCCCUCUCACACAUCACCUUUUCCCCGCGUUUUUCUUUUCUGACUUUGGCGGCUUCCGAAUAACUCAUAAAUAAUAUCAGUAUUCGAAAGAAACUCGAAAUGGACGCUGGCGUGCCUACGCAAAGGGGUGCAUUGAGCUGUGCGAGCGCAACUCAACAUACGUCAUGAACGAACGAGCUAAUGGCACGAUCUUGACUGAUAUCGCUCCGAAAGACGUCAAGCAGCUUGAAGUUCUGAGACCGCAAUCUGCACCCAGCAUGGGACAACGAUUUAAGCAAUCUCUGGAGAAGGAAAAACGAUUAGAAGCGGCAAGCAAACCAGUCCAAAGCAGAAAGACCAAAGAAAAUGAUGUUGCAAAGGGUACCAAGAAAAACAAGAACAAAGAAUCUAAGAACACUAAAACAAAGAAGAAGCAAGUCAGAAAAUCCGAAGUUGAUGAUGCGUUAGAGCACGGGAACACCUCUCUGAACGAAGAGGAUGAAGUUGAAGAGGGCAUCAAUUGGUCGGAUGAAGAAGAGUGAACAGAAUCUAUUCAUUGAACGUUGAACAGUUCUUCGAGCAAAGAUGCAUUUCUUGGUGCACUUUUUUCGUCUUGAAUAAAGUUUCUUCUUUACGAGAGAACAGAGAAAUAACGAUAAACACCCAUCAGUUCGCUUUGUAUUAACAUACUAUCUGACUAAUUUUAAUUCGUCGUUUCUGUGGCGGUUCAUUCCGUUUCCCUUCGAAGCCAAUUCCUAUUUGACCUGGUGAAAAAUUAGGUGACAUUAAGCUGAUUAUCUCAAAAAUUAUUCUUGUCGGACAAGCCAUACAAGAAAACUAUUUCGUAUUUUCAUAGGUUGCAUUUGCUGUUUUGGAUCAGAGCACCAAUAUAGUUGGGAGAAAUCCCGAUAUUCAUAACCUAACAUUUCACGUGGACCGUUCACAAAAGUUUGAACUAAACUUGCUACCUGUUUUGCACUAACCUACUGUACUUUCCCCAAGCUAUAUAAUAUUGACCUACACUCUUGCGAGUGCGAAUAAAUGUUCAACUUGCAGCAGCGGUUUUUUUGAUUUCUUCAACAGCCGCAGCGGUCCUUUGUUGUAGGUUUGCUUGCAUCUGUUGGACCUUUUUAGCGAUGUCACCUCCCCGGUUUUCGAGUUCUUUGUUUUUGGCUUCUAGCCUGUUCUUCUCGCCGUUGAUAAAUUCCAAUCGCUUUGCUACUGUUUCAUUGGCAUCAUCCAGUGAAUUUUUGAUAAGGACGGGACCCACCAUCUUGUAAAUAUUGGUUGAGGAGUCCAAUAAGGCCAACUCUUGUUU